CUGGUCCCGCCCUGGCAGCGGCGGAGGCCGGGCGGAGAGCGGCCGCGAACCCCCAGCAGCCAGCGCCGCCGCCGCCAGGAUGUCGGGGGCUACGGAGGCGGCCCCGGUGGCCGCGGCGUCGCAGGAGGAGAGCGAGGACGAGAGCGAGGUGCUGGAGGAGAGCCCGUGCGGCCGCUGGCAGAAGCGCAAGGAGCAGGUGAACCAGGGCAACAUGCCAGGGCUCCAGAGCACGUUCCUGGCCAUGGACACGGAGGAGGGCGUGGAGGUGGUCUGGAACGAGCUGCAGUUCAUGGACAAGAAAGCAUUCACGGCACACGAGGAGAAGAUCAAGACCAUGUUUGAGCAGCUGGUUGUCGUCGACCACCCGAACAUCGUGAAGGUUCACAAGUACUGGCUGGACGUGAAGGAGUCCAAGACCCAGGUGAUCUUCAUCACGGAAUACGUCUCCUCGGGAAGCCUCAAGCAAUUCCUGAAGAAGACCAAGAAGAACCACAAGGCCAUGAAUGCUCGGGCUUGGAAACGGUGGUGCACGCAGAUCCUCUCGGCUCUCAGCUACCUGCACUCCUGCGACCCCCCUAUCAUCCAUGGCAACCUCACCAGUGACACCAUCUUCAUCCAGCACAACGGACUCAUCAAAAUCGGGUCAGUUUGGCACAGAGUCUUUGCAAAAGCCAUUCCACUGGAGCUCCGCAGCCCCCUCUGCACCGAGCGAGAGGAGCAACGGAACCUGCACUUCUUUCCCCCGGAGUACGGCCACAUGGCGGAUGGGACGGCGGUGGACAUCUUCUCCUUCGGGAUGUGUGCUUUGGAGAUGGCGGUGCUGGAGAUCCAGUCCAACGGGGACACGUGCGUGACGGAGGAGGCGAUUGAGCGCGCCCGGCACUCUCUGGACGACCCCAUCAUGCGGGAGUUUAUCCUGGGCUGCCUCCUCCUGAACCCAGACAAGCGACCCACGGCCCACAACCUGCUCUUCCAUCGGGUGCUCUUUGAGGUCCACUCACUGAAGCUGCUGGCUGCCCACUGCUUCAUCAGCAACCAGUACCUGUGGCCCGAGAACGUCGUGGAGGAGAAGACGAAAGAGCUGGACCUCAGCAUCGUCAUGGCGGAGAUCCAACAGGAGGGCCGCCCCCCCGUGCAGUGGAGGUACUCAGAGGUCUCGUUCCUAGAGCUGGACAAGUUCCUGGAGGACGUGAGGAACGGCAUUUACCCCUUGAUGAACUUUGCCACCGCCCGGCCCCACACGCUGCCACGCUCCACUUCCCAGCCCACGGAGGAUCCUCAGAAAGCCAAGACCCCCACACCAGAGCCCUUCGACGUGGAGACAAGGAAGGUGGUGCAAAUGCAGUGCAGCAUGGAAUGGAGCGAGGAGAAGCGGCAGUGGCACCUCACCCUCCUCCUGGUCCUGGAGGACAAGCUCCAUCGUCAGCUGAGCUACGACCUGCUGCCAACUGACCACCCCCGGGCCCUGGCCGCUGAGCUCGUGCACUACGGAUUCAUCAGUCAGGACGACUGUGAGAAGCUGGCCCUGUGCCUGGAGGCUGCCCUGCUCAAACACCAGCCGCCGCCCUCCUGAGCAGCCGCUCCAGCGAAGGGCUCUGGGUCCGGAGGGCAGGUGCUAGUGCUGCGGACCUUGGGGAGGCUUUGGCCACACUCUUCCGUCCACGCUGGCCUGGCAGAUGAGGAAGACGAGAGGGGGGCUGUGCUGCUCCCACGCACCGUGGCCUGAAGAUAAGCCGGAACCAGGCAUGAUGAGGCCAAGAGCUGGUGCUGGCCGGAGAUGCGAGGUCCAAAGCAGAUGGACUUCUGCCAGCAGCCCCCCACCCCCGGUGGAAGCCGGUGGGGGGAGUGUCCGCCUUCAAGAGCCUCUGCUGUGCAGCCACCCCCCUGGUGCGCUGGCCCGGCUGGAGAGGGACCUGUGCAAGCCUCGGGCAGACAAGGCCAAGCGCUGACAUCCUUUGGCGGGGGCUGGACCACCCCUGCCCCAUUCCCCCCCCCCAAGCAACCUUUCGUGGAUCUUGGGCCUCUCAGUCCCUUGCCCUUCCCGGUGGCGGUGAAGGCGAUGGAGGCAGCUGAGCUGCAGGUGUUUGGACUGGGAGGAACAAGGCACGCGGGACCCUCCCUUUCAUCGCUGCACCGUUGCUGUUCCUGCUGCUGCUAUUUUGAGGGCACUGCUCAGGCGCGCCGUCAGUCUCCUGGGGCAGCCUGGCCCUGGCUGUGUUUGCUGCUGCUGCUGCUGCUGCUGCUGCCGUUGCUGCUCUGCUGUGGCCUGCUGUGGCCUGCUGUGGCCUCCAGCGCUUGCCUGCUGCUUGCUGCGCUUGCAUGCCGCGGACACCUUAUGCGGACUGUGCCAAUUCCCCCUGCUGUGCCAUGUGGCCCAGGCCUUGCAUUGUUGGCAUCCCUGAUAGCAACCGGUCCAAUUAGUAUAUUAAAACAUAACGAGUCCCUUGGGGAGCUGUGACCUGCUCAGUCUCUGACAACCGUUCCCUGGGGGUGCAGAGGACGCUCUGUGCCUGCAAUGAAUGACCGCUGUCCUAUGUCUUUCCAACAUAAAUACUGCUGUGGUGGUACAGGGUCUCUGUUCACAACAAUUGUGCACUUUUUCAUAAAAGCACCAAGUUUACACUGUA